CUACUACUACCAUCUUCCACUUGCGAGAUUGCCUUUCUAUUUUGCCAGGUUCAUGAAUUAAUUAGUAUUAUACUGCAAUUCUAAUAGAAUAAGAAAGAAAAAGGAAUGAAAAGCAGGUAAAUAAAUGCUUUCAUUCGUUUUAGGAUCGGUUUAUCGAUUUUCGUUGUCAGUAUAGAGAAAGGAUAAAAUAACUUUAUUAUAUCUUCAUUAUUCGUUAUUCUUUUCCAGAGACUGAUUUUUGGAAUAGCUUUACUACUGAGAAUUUUGGUCCCGUAAUUGUUUUAUAACAGUUCGAAAACAAGGCAAGGCGUCUGUUGAUUGUCUUCCUUCUUUGAAGAAGUUUUUUAACUAUAAAAUUCUGGUUUCAAGCAUUAUACUAUAGCCUUUCGUCUGCGGGCUUCUAUGGAAAUUUCACCAUUGGAUCCUUGCUAUGUUCCAUGCGAGAUGCAGGGUCUACCACAGUAAUAUUCGACUGCAUAGGCAUUUUUCCCGCUUUCAUUGUGUAUUAUAUUCACAUCCUUAUACCACAAUCUCCUCUCGUUCUUUUGCAUAUACCCCUUGGAAUUAUCGUUCCCAAACUCAAAACCAAACUUUGGUCUCAAACAAAGUAAGGCAUGGACAAAAUGCUUCAACAGUUGCCGAUUCUUCUUCCCGUUCAAAUCAAGUUUCGAAAAAGUCGAACCGUGCAUUCAUAAGUAAACGUAGUAAUGCGCUUAAGGAAAAGAAUCCCGAAAGCCGUUCUUUGCGUCAAGUCAUUUUUAAUUCGUUGAGUUUUUGUAAUUUACAGCACACGAGAAAACUUUUAAUAGUGGCUUCUGAUCGAAAUAAAGCAUACCUUAGGCCUCAUGAUCCACCGAACAAAACCGCUAGAAUCCUUUCGUUGUAUGAUAAAUAUAUGUAUAGGAGAUCAAGAAACCUAUACGACAUAUUUCAAGGAAAAGAAGAUUUGUUGACCAUCGUUUGGUUUCAAACUCUUCUAUAUCCUUUACUAACCUCUACAUAUGAAAUUAAAGCCUACGUGAACACCGUGACUCAAGAUGCAACGUUACCCGAUUAUUUCCGUGAUAGAAGCUUCGAAGCAAUUUUUUUUAGUUCUCUUUUUGAUCAUUUUUUGACUACUAACGAGUUUUAUCUCGCCAUAUAUUACUAUUUGAUUGUAAGGAAAAACCCGCAAAUGACUUUUCAAUUAUUACGGCAACUAAAGAAUCUGGCCUUACCAGAAGAUAAUUUGAUAAAAUCUGUGUUUCUGGAAUGGAGUUUACAAACAGGAAGAUUCGGAAUAGCAUAUCAAAUUUUCAGAGAGGAAUCCCUUUCUGUUUACUAUCCUUGUAAGACGUUCCUUAAUGUCUUAAAAAUGUAUGGUACACCUGAGAUGUUUGAUUACGCUGUCGCUCAGGAGAUGAAGGUUACAAAAACAGAAAAAUCAUCAAAGAACCUCAAAUUGGCCAAUAAAAUAGAUGCUUAUUUCUGGCUAAGUAAUCCACUCUUAUAAAGUGAAUGAUGCAAAAGAAAAAAUAUUUAUAUAGAUAUACCAAUCAACAAAAAGAGGUUCUGACAAUUUACUGGCACGGUCUUUUAGUCUAUUAGACGACUAAAUACAAACCUCAAAGUCGUUUAUUAAUGAAAUUUUUAUGGAUUAUCAAUUAGGA